GGGUCUGCCACCGAUUUCUUAAAAAUCCUAAGGAUGAUUAGGAGCUCAUAUGCAUUCAUUAACCUAGUUAAGGCAACUGUUGGAGUUGGCGUUUUUGCUAUGCCAGUAGCUUUUCAGCAAGCUGGAUUUUGGACAGGCCUUAUACUGACAAUUGGCAUUGGUGUUCUCAAUGCUCAUUGUAUGAUGAAAAUUGUGCGCUGUUCUCAGUAUCUCUGCAAAAAGAAGGUCACCAACAACAACGUAAAUAGAAGUAAUGCGAUAAGGCCUAUAUGUUUGGAUGUUCACUAUAAUAUAGCGGUUACUGAUGAAGGUCAACCACAGCUGUACACUAUUGAAGGUGGUAAUAAGAAAGAAAAGAUAAUCGAGAAUGAUGAGAGGCGCUUUACUCUGGACUACGGUGACAUGGCAGAAGAAGCUUUUGCGAACAAGCACUCAUCCCGUUUGCGGAUAUUUGCAAAACCAUUCAAGUAUGUGAAUUUCAAGAUUUUGCAACAUAAAAUAGCACCAAAAAAUUAUGGAUACAGAUAA